AUGCACGACAUCUACAUGGGCGCUGUCGGUGUCGACGGCUUUUUCGUGCUGUCGUCCUUCCUGCUGAUCAUGAUCUUCAUGAAGAAGAGCAUCAAGCUGAUGGCAGAGCAGGCGUCCUUCCGCAUGUGGGGGUGGACGCCGGCCGACUACUUCUCCAAGCGGUUCUUCCGCGUGUACCCGUUGUUUGCACUGGUGGCGAUCACUCUGUGGCUCAUGCCGUUUGAAUACAAACAGCGGUACUACAAGGUAAACCGACCUGAGGACUUCAACCUGUUCCAGACGCUCACUUUUCACCCGGAACACCGCCACUACCUCAUGUGGACGUUGCCGCUGGAGAUCUCGUACUACUUCAUUCUACCCGUGUUCGUACUGGCGGUGCUCAAGAUGCGUCGCUUCUGGUGGAUGGCGUUCCUUCCGCUCUACGUCUGGGCUAUUCACGAAGGACUCUACACGACAAGGGAUAAUUAUCCUCAUCAACCGUUGAGCAAGCACCUCCCGACAUUCGUCGCGGGGUCCAUGGCUGCCGUCAUCUUCAAGCUGGAAGCGUGGAUCAAGAGGGCGGGCUUCAAGUUCAACACGUUGCAUAUCGUCGGUCUCCGAGUAUUAGAAGCCGUCUUGAUCGCAGCCUACCUCAGCGUCGUCUUCCGUGGACUGUUCUUCAAUUGGUUGGGGAUGCCGCUUCAACCGUCCCAACACUAUAUCAUGCCGUUCACGAGCGUCAAGUUGUCGCUGCUGUUCGUGAUCGAGAUGAUUCAGCCGUCCACUAUGUCGUUGAUUUUCGAGUGGAUUGUUCUCCGCUAG